AUGGCAACUUUCUCGAGGAUCGCCACCAAUCAAGAUGGCCUGCCAGAUCCAGCCUGGACAGGAGGGGCCUUGUGGCCCACGUCUCCAAAGCGCAAUGGACUUUUCCAAUCGCCGUCUUCGAAUGGGCCGGGCUCCUAUAAUCCCUUCGCGGUCUCGCAGCAGUCCAUGAAGAUCGAGGGGCAGCAGUUCCUUCCUAUCUUCUCAGAUGCAGAAAUCAACACUCAAGAUGGCUCUGAAGAGGACUUGCAGCUACCAGCCGCCACUUGGGAUGUCAAGUUCUCUGACCACUACGCCAGCAUGACGCUCACCGACACCAACCCUUCGUCCUGCUACUCAGGCGCGACGCUCCACCGCAAUCUUGAAGACAUCCUUGCCGCUGACCUGACGAGCCCCAAGGGGGUUGAUCUGACGGGUAUCUACGUUGAAAGCAGGGCCCAACAUCUGGCCACUAAAGAGUGGUGCCCCGUCUACGUUCCAAUGACAUAG